AUGCCUUUUCCGCCCCUCAGCCUCCACCAGCGGAUCUCCUCUCCUGGCAGGGAUCUAUUCGGGAAAAAGAAAUCCACCGGAGUGCCUGCUCACACUGAGCUCACCAGCAAAUCCGGUGGAGAGAAAGCGGGGUCGGAUAGGGAGAAGCAAUCCUCUCCUUGGACAACCGCGAAUUUACGGAAUUUGGGCCGUAAAGCCCAUCGAGAGAAGAGCAAAAGCCCUACUCAGAAGUCAAGUGGCGGUCAGGAGACCCAGGGAAAAAGCUCCUGGCUGUCGGUGCCCAAACCUCAGGACUCUGAAGGAGUCAGGCGCUCCAGCUCCAUGGACUCCGCCAGACACCUCCACGGAAAAGAUGAAGGGAAGAAGGAGAUCCAGUUUACCCUCAGUCUAACCCCUGAAGCCAUUCUUGUCAUCCAGAAACGAAAUCUAGAAAAGCAAAUGAUGGCAAAGCAGCAGAAGUGUUGCGCAUCCGCGGACUUUCGACACCGGCGAGUAUUUCCAUCCAAAAAGGCGCACGGAUCGUCCAAUAAGGGCUCCGCUCCUGUGGCCAAAGCGGAGAGCGUAGAGCAGGACAUCACCGCCAUCGUUAAGAUAUCUCUUUUGAAUGAUCAGUACAAGUACGACGAUGUAGAGUAUGAAGAUGAGGACGGAGACGUGGACGAGACUGUUGUUAGGAAAUGUAAAGAGUGGCUUAAAGGAGUCGAGAAUGCCGCUGCUUUGGGGAAAGUCGACAAACGUUCUGCACUUCCGCACCUUAAAGGAUGCUGA